AUGCAGGUGCAAUACAACUCCCACUCCCACCCCUCCUCCGGGAACCAGCACCGCUCCCACACCAACGGUACCAACGGUGACCACUCAAACACGCGACCAUCCCUCUCCACUCCCACGAACGGACAUCUCGAGGAGGGCGACAUGUACCCCCACCAGUACAACCUGUACGCCAUGGGCCAUGGCCCACCACAGCAGCGGCAGUACCAAGCCAAUCAGCUGCCGCCCAUGUACGGGGCCGGCGGUGCUCCUCCUCCAAUGGCUCCUCCUCCGGCAUCAGCACCCGGUAUGUCAGGGCAGCCCAGCAAUGGGCGAGGUGGCAUGUAUCCCGCCCAGCCUCAACAGCAGUAUCAGCAGGAGGCAUUGGGGCAGACGAGGUCCGAGGGAGAGCCCAACUUCCUAAGCAGCAGCAAUGGCAAGUACAAGUUCGAGCUCAAGUGCGAGCAGCAACCCCAGAGGGCGCGCAUGUGUGGGUUCGGCGACAAGGACCGUCGUCCGGUCACCCCGCCGCCGUGCGUGAGGUUGAUCGUUACGGAUCUGCGCACCGGGAGGAACAUCACACCUGACGAUCUCGAGCAUACGUUUUACGUGCUGCAAGUCGAUCUCUGGGACGAGGCGGCCACCCGCGAGGUCAACAUUGUGCGCUCUAGUACGGCGUCACCCGCCCACAGUAUCAGCAACGCUUCGACAACAUCAUUCCCUCCGACGGUAGACCGAUCCUCCUCUACGGACCACUCGCAGGGCAUGAUGCACCCAGGACAUCACCACGGCAUGUACGCUCCUUAUCCAGGGUAUGGUCCGAUGGCCCAAGGUCCUGUUCCCGGCUAUCCUGGCUACCCGCCAACUAUGGGCGGGCCUGGCUACUACCACCAACAACACUAUGCAGGCAUGCCCGGCGUCCCCUUCCAAUACGCACCGCCAGCCCCGCCCCCAACCCAGAGCCAUACGAUGUUCACGCGAAAUCUCAUCGGGAGUCUCACGGUCAAUGCGUCUGCACUCAAGGAUCUGGACGACCAGACCGGCUUUUGGUUUGUCUUGCAGGACCUGUCGGUCAGGAUGGAGGGCAACUUUCGCCUCAGAAUGAACUUCAUCGAUGUCGGCGCCAUGGACGGAGAUGGUCUCAACAAGACCAAAGCACCAGUGCUCGCCUGGAUCUACUCCGACCCGUUCCAAGUCUUCUCGGCGAAGAAGUUCCCGGGUGUUAUAGAAAGCACCGAUCUGAGCAAGAAGUUCGCGACGCAAGGUAUCAAGAUUCCCAUCAGGAAGGACAACAGCAAGACGGCGGAUGGGGACGACGACGCCGAUUGA